GUGAAAGUCUCUCAGCAGUGGAAUGUUUGGAAUGUGUUUCCUGUGUUUGGCAUCAUGAGCGCGAGAGUCGCGGAGCUCCGCACUUCAGCUCAGUCUCUCCGCUUUUCCGUGUGUUUCUCGGAGCUUCAGUCCCGCAGGAGUGUUGCAUGAGCGGCUCCGCGGAGCUCCAGUGAUGGCCGAGCCGCUGCUCAGACGAACCUUCUCCAAACUCCGGGCGAAAGAGAGAUUCCGCCGCAAGACGGACCCCAAACUCACCGAUGUGACAGAAAAGGUGGACCUUUUCCAAAGUUCUCCAUCAACUGCAUCCACCUCAGGCCACGCUGAGACAGAAAGCUCCACCGCGGAGGAAUGUACCAGACGAUCCCAGAUCACCGUCUCCAAAAAACAGAACUGGGCCAAACUUCCCUCCACGUGCAGAGACCCUGCCAGCACAGAUCUGUGUCCUAGUCUGGUCUACGGGCCACAGGACUGGGAUUUGAGCUCUGGAAAGGCUGAGGUCUCAAAACAGGCUUGGAGCCAACGGACUUUGAGUGAGGAUGGUUUAAAGAGAAAUCGGAAUGACCUUGAAUUGGAGUUUGGAUAUUCCAGGACACAGUGCAACUCAGUUGACGCCGGUUUACCAGAGUUGACCCCUCCAUCUGCAACCUAUAUGGAUGUGUGUGUCUCUUCCAGCUCCGCAAAGAUCUCUGGGCAAGGUGCCUACCUCCAGCACCUGGACAGAAGCAGUCGAGCCUGGGUUUUGUCCACAGGAAAGCCCCAGGCAUCCGAUGAAGCCCAGAAUCCAACCAGAAUCACAGAGUGGCGACAGGGCCCAGAUGGAGAUGGAAACAUUUGGUACAACCCCAUUCCUGAAGAGGACGACUUGAGGGCCAGCGGAGAAGCAGUUCAGGAAAAAUACGGAGACCCGUGGAGAAAGAGAGAAAAUGAGGGUUUGGCGAAGGAGAAAAGAGACCAGAAACGAUCAGGGGGUUUGACCCUCACCGGCGUCCAUCAAAUGAGAGACAUUCAAACUGAAGUCGACGUCAUCAGGGCGGAUAGUUCGGAUCUGGUUAUACUACAGUCGGACUGUAUUAGCUCUUCUAGUGGUGUGAACUCUGACAGUUCGGGGGCACCAAAGAGAAGCCCAGGAGAGGGUGGCAAUGGCAGCAGUGUGAUCGACAAGAUCAAGUCUCCAGGAACGGUUCGGCGGCUCUCUAUGAAGAUGCGGAAACUCCCAGAACUAAGGCGUAAGCUUAGUCUGCGCUCGUCCCGUAAUCAGCGUCAUGGACAGGGCCAAGGAAAUGCCAGCAGUGCCCCGGGAGUGUCAGAUGAGGCUUCACCACCAAAUGCACGCAAAGAAUCAUCCAACAUCAUCAGCAAGUAUCACCUGGACUCCAGUGCACCUGCAAGGCCAAGACGUCGAUCCUCUCGAACACGCUCUGCUAGUAAAGGAGGGUAUCUUAGCGACGGAGACUCACCUGAACUCCUGCCGAAGGGUCAGGUGUCGAAAGGGUUGCCUACACCACCACCACACCGUGGACCACAGGAUUCACUCGCUGUGGCAGACGCAGAGUCAUUCCGCUUGUACUCGCUGACGGAUCAGCCUCGCUGCCCUCAGAGACUUUCAGGGCUGCUCACGGUGCAUCUGCUGGGAGUCGAAGAGCUACUGCGACCCCCUCGGAACGACGCUACUAAAGAAGUCUUCUGUGCCAUUCAAGUGGACGGGGUGACCCGGGCACGAACGUCCCUGCUCACCUGUCGAGGGGCGUGUCUCCCACUAAACCACACCUUUAACCUGGAGCUCGAGAGGGCACGGCUGCUCAAACUGGUCAUCUUGACGCCAACGACACCCAGCGCAAACAACGGGUCUUCUGCACCUGCCGCUCCCGCGCGUAACCGGGUGUGCUGUCUGGGUGCUGUGGCUAUACCACCCCUCUUCAAGGCUUCUCGCAGUCAGCAGUUGUGUGUUCGUCUGGAGCCUCGUGGUUUGCUGUAUGUGAAGUUGACCCUUUUGGAGCAGUUUGUGACCCCGUUCCCCCGCCUCAGUGACCUGCCUCCCCCUACGGUGUUCGGGGUGGAGCUGCGCCACCUGGUGGAGAAGGAGACGUCCGCACUCAAAGUGCCUCUGAUCAUUCAGAAGUGUGUUUCUGAGAUCGAGAGGAGAGGAUUGAGGGUGGUGGGAUUAUAUCGUCUUUGUGGUUCCGCAGCAGUGAAGAAGGAAUUGCGCGAUGCGUUUGAGAAGGACAGUGCAGCAGUUACCUUAAACGACGAGCUCUAUCCUGACGUCAACGUCAUUACCGGCAUUCUGAAGGACUACCUGCGUGAGCUGCCGUCUCCUCUCAUCACGAGGACCCUGUAUGAAGUGGUAUUAGAGGCCAUGAUAGUUCGACCGGCCUGUAGAAACGACAGCGACGCUCAGCGAUCACAAAACACCGUGGCACUGCUGCAGUGUCUUCCUGAACCAGAGAGGGCAACUUUGUCCUUCUUGCUGGAUCAUCUGAGUCUGGUGGCAUCUUACAGCGACAGCAACCGAAUGACGUGCCAGAACCUGGCUGUAUGCUUUGGGCCGGUCCUCCUGACGCCCACCCAGGAGUCUUGGCAGGCCGGGCUGACGGCACCCGGCUCAGGGGCCCUGAUGGGGUCCGGGGCCGGUCGAGGAGGGCGUAGCUUUGCACACAGUGAAGAGAUCGCCAGCGCCGUGGACUUUAAACGACACAUAGAGGCUUUGCACUACCUCCUGCAGCUCUGGCCUGUACCCAGAGGACGAGUGACGGAUGACUCUGACCAAUCACAUCCCGUCAUCCCGUCUCUAGCAUCCCAGAGUUCCUCACUGCGGCGAGCUCAGCGCGUGCCACUGCGAGUCGAGCUUCCCUCGGUUCAGGAUGUGGUGGUUGUUUCCCGUAGGGGGCGUGGCCGCCUGGAAAGCCCGCCCUGCAACCGUUACGCUGGUGACUGGAGCGUCUGUGGGCGGGACUUCCUGUCGAACGACGAGGCAGAUUAUGACGAGGUGGCGGGCAGCGAGAGUGACGACGACAUGGAGAAGAAGCGGGACGUGUGGGCGUCACCUGACGGUUUGUAUGUGGAUGACUUUGCUCUGGACUUCGACGCGCCGUUCACGUGCCGACUGAGUCUGAAGGACUUCGACACUCUGAUUUCAGACUUGGAGAGAGAGUUAGCCAAACAAAUCAACAUCUGCCUCUGAACCAGGACUCCAAGGUCAUUUUGAGCACUUGUCUUCCAGAACAAACACAAAUGCAUGCUUGACGUCGCUUAGGAAUAUCGCAGAUGAUAAAAAAUGCGACUUGUAUUCCGGAAAAUUCAAGCAAGAAAUGUAUUUUCAUUGUUGGGGUAUUUGUGCCCAUCCUAGUGUAUGACGCAGUUUCAUAGCAGCUACUGUAACGUAAUAUUCAACAAGCACAAAAACUAUGAUUUUUUUAUUUUUAUUCAUCGUUCUUCUGAAGGGGAGACGCGUAUCGAUUAUUAUAACGAGCUGUAAAUGCAUUAUAACGCAAUAUAAACACUAGUUCUUAAUGAUGCUGAAGGAUGACGGCAGGCAGUACGUCUGCGUUACGUUUGUGUGAAGUUUAUUUUAUUUAAAGCUCUGUGUACGACUCUUAUUCCAGAAGGCUGGUUUGUGUCUCCGUGUGAGAAACCAGCAGCGUUCGGGCCAAGAUUUCAUCAUUCUUUCCACCGGGACAUUCCGUUACGCGCGUUUCACUGCCAGACUCUCUUUGGCAACAGCUUUUCUGACCAGCCUUAUUUUCUAUUCCUGCGUAAUGCUUAAUGGUGGACGUAUUUAUUACAUUCCCUCAAGGUCACAUUAAAGGAACGUUCUGGGUUCAGUACAACUUUACAGCAUUUGUGACGUAAUGUUGGUUUGAGUUUGAGAACGAGAAGCCAAAAUCAAUAUUUGGUGCAAUGGCGGUUAAUUGAUGUUAUGACAUAAAUGCUGUCAUUAAAAGUGAAAGGUUAAGCAUGUCAUUUGUAACGCAAACAGAAAAGCAAUGACUCUUUUGGUCAAAACACUCAUUGGUCAGUCAGACAGAUGCAAACGUCAUUGGUUGAGUCAAAGUUGGCAUGCAACUGUAACACGAUACAAUAAUGUCCCACUAAAAUUGCAAUGAGCAAUACAUUUGUUUCAGUAUUUAUUAAUUUUUAGCAUUAGUUAUCCCCGGAGGACACCAGCUCUGUUAGCUCAGGUUCAUUAAAUAAUAAAAUAUAUUUUUUUACAUGCUUUAGAAUUAUUAGUUUAUGUGAACUGAUGUAAUUAACAAAUGGCUCCAGUAUGAAAUUGUAUUGAACUCAGAACAUUCGUUUAACACCAAAUUUAUGUUUGACAAUCAGCAAAAGGAAAGCGAAUAUAAUAUAGUGUUAAUUUUGACUGAAUUUGCACAGUUUAUUAUGCCAAAAUAAAUGAUUCAGGUUUAGUUUUUUUAGACGACAUAAAUGCUAAACGAUGAAUCAGGACAUGCCAUGCCAAAGACUGUUGUGAUGGAUUAUUGCACUUCUGUGUAUAGUUUUAUAGGCUGUGCUUUAGCUGAUCUGAGGUCAGUCCGUUACUGAGAGCAGCUUUAUCCUUCAUAUCUGCACGCGGUACAAAUAAUCUCAACUGUGAUUUGAUUCUAAAAGCCACAAAUGGAAUAUAAAGGCCAUGACUGAGCCCACGGGCUCCCUAUAUGCAAACUGUUUUACAUGCUUUAUUUGAAUACAAAUUUUGUUUAGUUGUAUAAACAGUAUUAUUAUAUUCUAUUAUUGCACCUGUAACAUUAAGCACUUCUGUCUGUGCUCAUGCAUAGCCACAGCCCAGCGAUACACACAUCUACUGUGUGUGUGUGUGGAUAAUGUACCAUUCAGUGUUAUGUUCAAGAAAUAAAGCAGUGUUACGUUUCUACAAUGAA